GAAGGAAAAGCAGAAAAAGAAGGGGAGAAAGAGGAGGAGAAGGAAGACAAAGAAGAGAGGACAUAUCGAGACGAGCUGACGAUGGCGAACGAGGCUUUUGACCUGCCACUGGCGAAGCGGCAGAAGGUCGUGACGGAGAAGUCCAGCCAUUCACGCGCGCCAGACGGAUCUCGCAUCUUCACACCUUUCAGAACUCUGGGCCUUGUUUCGUCGACGUCCGUUCCGUUUACCUCGAUCCCACUAGGCAAGACAACCUUUCAAAUAACAACAUCAGUUGGCCAGUCCUUGCAGACAUAUGACCUACGACGAGGUCUCAGUCUUGUCUUCUUGACCCGGCCACAGACACCGGCUUUGAUUACAGCGACCCAUGCAUGGAGGGACCGUGUGUUUGCGGCCUGGGGCGGCCAGUCAGCGGCUCAGCAGAGCGGUGUUUGGGUGUUUAAGCGUGGGAAGAAGGUGGCUGAGCUGGAGAUGCCUUCUAUUGCCCCAGGGUCUGUCGCUCAAUCGGUGGAUCGAUUGGUCGUCUUUGGAUCCUGGAUUGUCGGAUGCUGCAGCAAUCGUAUGAUCGUGUGGAAAUCGGCAGAUUACUCCCAUUAUACAACCCUUACUCCUGCGGCCACCAAGGAGUUUACUAAGCUAGUUCCUAGUACUUUAUGUACCAUGCCUACGUACCUUAACAAAGUCUUUGUUGGACGUUCUGACGGUUGCGUCGAUAUCUGGAAUGUGUCUACCGGGAAAUUGGUGUAUUCAGUCCUCCCUACUCUUCCAGGCGCAGGUGCAGUCAGCGCAUUGCAGCCAUCUCCAGCCUUAUCUCUCCUCGCAAUUGCAUAUGCAUCCGGAUCAUUAGUGAUACAUAAUAUCCGAACAGACAAGCCCGUGCUUUGCUUGAAGAAACCUGGGCUCACCAAUAGUGCUCCUAUAACGUCUAUCUCUUUCCGUACAGAUGGAAUUGGGGCUGGGGAGGAUGGGCGGCAGGAUGGUGUAUUGGCCACUGGUAGUGCUGACGGCGGUGAUAUUGUCCUGUGGGAUUUGAUUAACGGCGGUCGUGUGACUGGUGUUGUGAGAAAUGCGCAUGAACCAUCUGGAGAAGACAGGAGUGUGCAGAUAAACAAAGUCGAGUUCCUGCCCGGUCAGCCAGUCAUGGUCUCAACCGGCUCGGACAAUGCUCUACGCACCUGGAUAUUCGACCAGACUCCUUUUUCCCCAAUCCCGAGACCGCUUCAUGCCAGAUCCGGCCACUCCGCGCCAAUUACGAAAGUCAUGUUUGUUCCCUCGGGAUCCGAUGGGUCUGAAGUAGUAGGCAAAUGGCUGCUAAGCGCUGGCCAGGACCGCAGCCUGUUUGGUCUUAGCUUGCGCAAGGAUUCCCAGAAUACGGAGCUCUCUCAGGGAAAUGUAAAGAGCAAAGCCAAAAAGAUCGGCGCGUCAAGCACGUCCGCCAGCCAGCAAACCAUUCGUUAUGAAGAAUUGAAAGCUCCCGAAAUAACAUGCUUGGCUUGCUCUCUGAACCGAGAUGGUGGUAUGGGAGCAGCCGCUGGAGGACCCAUAUGGGCUAAUUCGAAGGCCACAAGUGCCGAGAACACAAAUAUGACCGGCUGGGAGAGCAUUGUUACUGGGCAUAAGGGUGACAAGUUUGCGCGUACAUGGAUUUGGGGUAAGAAGAAAGCCGGCCGUUGGGCUUUGGAGACUGGUGACAGUACUGAGGUGAAGAGUGUGGCCAUGUCCCAAUGUGGGACAUUUGCCUUGGUUGGCUCCGAUGGCGGCUCACUAGUCAUGUAUAACCUGCAGUCUGGAAUCCGUCGACAGUCAUUCCCACCACGCCUGACGCCGGCCCAAGCUAAGAAGGCAAAGCUACAACGUCUUGUUGAUGGAGAUGAGAACGAGCUCGAUAAGAAGAAGUCUGCUAAACAUACCAAAGCCAUCACAGGCAUCGUAGUUGACAGUUUAAAUACUACUGUUGUCAGUUGUGGACUUGAUGGUAAAGUUAAGUUUUGGAAUUUGAUUACGGGUCAACUUCUGGAUGAAUUAGAUUGGAAUCCUAUGUGUGCCAUCACUGGCCUACGGUUCAGCAGCACCAGUGACCUUCUGGCUCUCAGCUGUGACGAUCUUUCCAUCCGUGUAAUCGACAUCCAGACGAAAAAGCUAGUCCGUGAACUCUGGGGAUGUGUUGGCCAGGUCAACGACUUUACCAUCUCAAAUGACGGACGCUGGAUCGUUGCUGCCUCCAUGGACUCGGUUAUCCGCGUCUGGGAUUUGCCAACUGGCCAUCUGAUUGAUGCAUUUAGGCUGAAGAAUACAUGUGUUUCCCUCUCAUUUUCAAGCACUGGCGAGUUCCUUGCUACGGCCCAUGCAGAGGGCGUAGGGAUCAACCUUUGGAAUAACAAGAGUCUAUUUAUGCAUGUUCCGACAAGCCAUAUCGAGGAAGAUACGGCUGUAGCGGUUGCUGCUCCAACCGCAUCAGGAGAGGGCGGAGUUGCUAUGAUAGAGGCAGCUUUUGAUGACAGUUGGUUAUCAGAUGACCAGAAACAGCCUGUGCUUACCCCUGACCAGCUUUCUCAUAACAUGAUGACCUUGAGCAUGACUCCAAAGACCAGGUGGCAGACCCUACUGCACCUUGACACUAUAAAGUUCCAUCUGCUAAUAUGUCUACAGCAACGAAAUAAGCCAAAGGAAGCCCCAAAGAAGCCAAAGAAAGCUCCCUUUUUCUUGCCGUCUCUUGAGUCAAAAUCUGCAUCCGGUACAGUAAGUAUCGGCAACGCCUCUGCAGACCAGGAUGAAGACGAUAGGAAAAGUCUCCAAGCGGAACGGAGCCGCAUUGCGCGGAUACAGCGAAUGAACGGGUCGGCAGGAGGGCAAUUAUCGAAGUUUACAACGUUGCUGCACUCCGCCGGCCAAGCUGAUGACUUCACUCCAUUUAUUGAGUACCUGAAGCUGCUCUCUCCAGCAAACACUGAUCUAGAGAUACGCUCACUCGAUCCAAGGAGCCAGGAUGGCCAGGAUAAUGAGCUAGCCCUCUUUGUCCGUGCGCUGACGGAACGUCUCCGCCAAAAGCGAGAUUUUGAGUUGGUCAACACGUGGAUGGCUGUUUUCCUGCGUGUCCACGACGAUGCCGUCGAAGCAGCGGUUGGGCCGCAGCCAUCCGAGGGCAACGGGGCCAUCUUCGGGCCGAAUGUGGCUUUGCAGCAGGCUCUGAGAGAGUGGAAGGCUGAGCAGGAGAGCGAGGCCAAGCGACUGGCGGAUCUGGUCAGCUACUGUCGUGGCAUUGUUGGCUUCUUACGCUCAGCACGAUAA